AUGGCAGGCUCGCUGCGCGCAGAUCUGCUGCUGGUCCUCCUAUGCCUGUGUCUGGCCCUGGCACCGGCCUCGAGCUCUCAACAAUACGGCCACAGCCAGAUACCCUUAAACGACUUCGCCUACGGAGAAGCCUGCCCCGAUUACACCUACUACUCCACCUACCGACAUCGCCCCCUCAGCGAGGGCCCUCUUUCUCUCCCCUUCCAGCGGCCCGAUCCCCGCUGUCGCACCUUUCACUCCGAUGCCAUAGAGCAGGUCAUACAAGAUGUCACCUCGCGCAUGAAGGACCUCGACCUUGCGCGCCUCUUCGAGAAUGCUUUCCCUUCUACGACGGACACCACUGUGAAAUUUCACACUGCCGGGUCUGAGGGGGAGAAGAAGCCCAAGACAAGUCCGUACGACGAAGGCAAGUGGGAAGGUCCGCACUCAUUUAUCAUCACCGGAGACAUCGUCGCCGAGUGGCUCAGGGACUCGACCAACCAGCUUUCCCCCUACCAGCCCUUGGCGAAGAAGGACCCAAAGCUGUAUAACCUAAUCCUUGGCGCCAUAAACACCCAGGCCGAGUACGUGAUCGAGUCGCCGUACUGCAACGCUUUUCAGCCCCCGCCCAUCAGCGGCCUCCCCGUAUCGCACAACGGCCAGGACGACGUCGUCCACCCCGCCUACGAGCCUUCCUUCGUCUUCGAAUGCAAGUACGAAUUGGACUCCCUCGCGCACUUCCUAGCGCUGUCCAAUGAUUUCAACGAUCACACCGGAUCGAGGGAGUUUCUGACGCCGCGCUGGUACCUGGCCCUGAAAACGGUGCUGAACGUGCUCGAACAGCAGUCUCAGCCCACCUUCGACUCGGCCACCGGUCUCUACCGCCGCAACGAGUACACCUUCAACCGCAACACGAAUACCGGCACCGAGACGCUCAACCUCAGGGGCGUGGGCAACCCCCUCAACAACGGCACCGGCCUCGUACGGUCCGCGUUCCGGCCGAGCGACGAUGCCACCAUCCUCGGCUUCUUCAUCCCGGCGAACGCCAUGAUGGCGGUCGAGCUCAAGAGGGCGUCCAAGGUGCUCGCCGACGCCGGCGAGAACGCUCUGGCCCAGACGGUCGAGAAGUGGAGCCGCACGAUCGCCGACGGCGUCUGGGAGCACGGCGUCGUGCGCCACAGCGUCUUCGGCGAAGUCUUCGCGUACGAGGUCGACGGGUACGGGUCCUCCAUCCUGAUGGACGACGCGAACUACCCCUCGCUCCUGGCCUUGCCGCUCAUGGGUUUCGUGUCGGCCAACGACGAGACGUACCGGAACACGCGGCGCAUGCUGCUCUCUAAGGCGUCGAACCCCUACUACCUCGUCGGGCGAGAUUUCAAAGGCAUAGGCGGUCCGCACGUCGGCCUCUCUAACGCGUGGCCCAUGAGCCUGCUCAUCCAGGCCCAGACGUCUGACGACGAUGAGGAGAUCAUGGAGUGCCUCAAGUUGGUCCUCAAGUCCAGCAAGCUCGGCCUAGUCCACGAGAGCAUCAACGUCAACCUGGAUCAUUCUUACACGAGAAGUUGGUUCGCAUGGGCCAACGGCGUCUUCGCGGAAACCAUUCUCGACAUCGCCAAGCGGAAACCGCACCUAAUAUUCAAGGACCCCGCGACACCGUACGAGAUAUGA